AUGCCUGGCCUUACUAGCGAGCACCGUACCCCCAGCAAGUAUGACCGCAUUCCCGGUCCCCUGGGUCUGGCCUCUGCCUCUCUGGAGGGCAAGGUUGCAGUAGUCACUGGAGCUGGUCGCGGCAUUGGCCGGGAGAUGGCCCAGGAGCUUGGCCGCCGUGGCGCGAAGGUUAUUGUCAAUUACGCCAACAGCCGCGAAUCCGCUGAGGAGGUCGUCAACGUGAUCAAGAAGGCCGGCUCCGACGCCGUGUCGAUCAAGGCCAACGUGUCCGAUGUUGACCAAAUUGUCAAGCUCUUUAACGAGGCCAAGAAGGUAUGGGGAAAGAUCGACAUUGUCUGCUCCAACUCUGGUGUUGUCUCUUUCGGCCACGUCAAGGAUGUCACCCCUGAGGAGUUCGACCGUGUCUUCGGCGUCAACACCAGAGGCCAGUUCUUCGUUGCAAGGGAGGCCUACAAGAACCUCGAGGUUGGCGGACGUCUGAUCCUCAUGGGUUCCAUCACUGGCCAGGCCAAGGGUGUCCCGAAGCACGCAAUUUACAGUGGUAGCAAGGGUACCAUUGAGACCUUUGUGCGAUGCAUGGCCGUCGACUUCGGUGACAAGAAGAUCACUGUGAACGCCAUCGCACCCGGUGGCAUUAAGACUGACAUGUACCACGCCGUCUGCCGCGAGUACAUCCCUGGCGGCGCUGAGCUGGAUGAUGAGGGUGUUGAUGAGUUCGCUGCCACCUGGUCGCCUCUUCACAGAGUCGGUCUCCCCAUCGACAUUGCCCGUGUCGCUUGCUUCCUUGCCUCUCAGGAUGGAGAGUGGAUCAACGGCAAAGUCAUCGGUGUUGAUGGCCACGCCAUGAUGUAA